AAGAGUGAAUUCAUAAAUCAACAUGGUAUCAGAGCACGGAGAUCCGUCUCGACCUACUCCGUCGCUGCGUUAACCAAAAAAAAAAAAAAAAAAAAUCGGCGUUGCCGAUCUGCUUCUCCCUCGCACCAGCUUCUGCCGUGACCAGUCAUGGCUGUCUUAUCACCUGAUCCUAUGGAUCAUCUUCCUACGGGUCUCAAAUUGUUUGUCCGAAAUCUUCAAUCCCUAACUCCGGUCAAGCUUGAUGACACCAAUUAUCCCUCUUGGUCUGCUACUGUUGGUGCACAUCUUCUUGCUCAUCGCUUACUCAGUUAUGUUGAUGGAUCUGAACCAUCACCACCGGCUCUUAUUCUUGAUGAGAAGGCUACGGCACCAAGCAAGGAUGCACCCCCAGUUAUGAAACCAAAUCCAGCGUAUGAAUUAUGGCUUAUUGUUGAUGCUCAGAUUCGGGCCUGUCUCCUUGCGAUUGUUUCCCCCACUGUUCAGACUCAUAUUCAUGCUCUUCCCACUUCUGCUGCAAUCUGGAAUCAUCUCGAACAACGGUACAAUUCUCUUUCACGCACUCAUAUUUUUCAACUGAAGGAGCGCUUGCACAGUGUUACUAAGGGCACUGAUUCAAUGCAAACGUACUUGGAUACUGUUCUCACCAUUGUGUCGUCUCUCAAAUUGGCACAUGAAGAUAUCUCUGAACAAGAUAUUAUUUUGUAAAAUUUGCACUAAAUAAGACUAAAACAUAAUGACUUUCCCCAUGUAGGACUUAAACUUUUUUAUUUCUUAAAUAGGACUUAAUAAAGACCUAGUGGGAGG